AAUUACUGAAUGAACUAAUGAGAGGUGUGUGAAGAUCUUACACAGAUCAGCUCUGAUCCUCCUCAGUUCAUCUAUUGAAGGUCAAAGUGUGUGUCAUUUUCAGAGCUCAGAGAGGAGAGGACAGGAGAGGAGACCGAUGUGGAGACCGAUGUGGAGAACGGCGUGGAGAACGGUGUGAAGACCGAUGUGGAGAACGGUGUGGAGAACGAUGGAGAUCAUUUCUUCUGCAGGGCAGCGCGCGCUGAGCUCCCCGUGUCUUGCGCCGAAUCCUAAAGAAAACUUGCGCUCUGAAAAAAAUUCGAACCGGGGACGAGAUGCGCGCUCACGCGGACGUGCGUGUAUGUAAGAGUGUGUGUGUGUGAGUGUGUGUGAGUGUGUGUGUGAAGGAAACUCAGACUUUGACGAUCGUCCCGUGAUUCAGUCCGGAGCAUGAGGUGCGUAACGGGGGAGGAGGCGCGAGGAGCAGCAGCAGCGGUGCGCACGCGGACCACCGGUCCCACGUGGAAAACACGCGCACCGAGAAGUGUGUGAAGGAAAGGGUGAAGGAGAGAGAGAGAGAGAGAGAGAAGUGGAAGUCAUGGGCAUCCAGCACCUUCUGCUACUCCUGAUCUACCUGGACCCGCUGUGCGCGAGCAGGAAACCGGGGAAACACGCGCCGCGGCGCACCGCGAAGGCCCGGGAGCUGAACGCCACCGUGGCCGCACCGACCGCGCGCACCCCAGUCCCUGCCCCUGUUCCCGUUCCGCGGGCCCGCGCGCCCCCGGGGGACCACGACACGUGCCUGGGCUACUACGACGUGAGCGGCCAGUACGACAAGGAGUUCGCGUGCAACAACACGGACCACCGGUACUGCUGCGGCAGCUGCUUCCUGCGCUUCUGCUGCCCGGUGCGCGGCAAGAGGCUCGAGCAGCGCUCGUGCACCAACUACAACACGCCCGACUGGGUGAAGACGCAGCCGCCGUCGCCCGCGCCCACCGCAGACCCCUACGACCCGGCGCUCGACCGCACCAACACCACCGUCUACAUCACGUGCGGCGCCAUCGCGCUCGUGCUCCUGCUCGGCAUCGCCGCCAAGGUGGCGUACGACAAGGCCACGCGCCCGCCGCAGGAGAUGAACGUGCACAGGGCUCUAGCGGACAUCCUCAGGCAGCAGGGUACAGGCGCAGGUUCUCACUAUGAGCAGGAGAACAUGGCCACCAUCGACGGCUCGCCGAAAGACAGCACACCUGUACGCAGCAACAAGAACCACUACACACCUGUACACAACAAGAACAACCAUGGGCAUCAUGGGAAGGAGAAUUUCCGUAGUGCUCAGGACAUGCACAACUUCAUCUCCUCUGGAUUCGUCACACUCGGCCGAGGACAGCUGAAAGCUCAACACUCGGUGGAUGAUCUGGGGUGGCACGGAGACAUGGACAUCCCUCUGUCAUAUGGGAACCAUCAUCACGACUACACGAGCCAUGUGGACCUCACUGGAUCUCACACGCCUAAAAUCGGACACAGAAUAGAGCGAUACGGACACAGAAUAGAGCGAUACGAAAAGCCUCGGAUGAACAACAUCCUGACGUCACAGACAGAGCCGUAUGAUCUGUCGUUCUCGCGUUCCUACCAGAACCUCACCCACCUUCUGCCUUCGUACGAGAUGCCUCUGAAAGGUGACCUGGGUGAGGACGACUAUUAUGGGAGGAAGCUCCACCUCCCCGACGUGACCCCGAAGAUGGUGAAGUUGGCCCCGGAGACCCCGGUGCAGCGAGCGAAGCCACGGCGUGUGCAACGUGCGAUGUCUCAGGACCAUGUUCUCUCACCCGUUGUCCCACGUCGCGAGUUCACCACACCUACCUUCACGUUCUCGCAGGAUCUGCUCUCGGCCGAUCACCUGCAAUCCCGAGAUCCUUUGCUCUCACCGGACAAGCUGCUCUCGCUGCGGCGAGCCGAUUUCCGAGAGAAGUCGAUGGCGCGUGCCCUCUCGCACACGGACAUAUUUGUGCCUCCGACGCCAACCAGGGAGCGACACCACCGGAUGGCGAAGGCACACUCACACUCGCAGCAGAGCGACGACGCCAGCGACAACGGCUACAGGGGGAACGACGGGCUGCUGAGCGUCAGCGGCAACAAGAGGCAGGCGUUCGCCUCCAGACGGACACACACUGUCGAUCACCUGCAGUACAUCCCUGGACAUCACCAUCACCAGUACCGCACGGCCAGCAAGAACGAAGUGACUGUUUGAAAACAGAGGUCAGAGGGAACGGAGACAGGAGGUGGACAGAAUUUUUAUUACACGGCAAUAAUAUUGCACUGAAAGCAGAGGAAAAACAGGGAGAGAAAUAAAUAGGAAGGAAAUAGGAAAACAUCGGUAUGGCACCGGCAGCAAAAUGGAAGUGACAGACUCAACCCAAGUAAGGGGCCGAGAAAAUAAGUAAAAGUUGAAGGUUCUGUGAAGGAUCGUGUGGGACGUUCCAACUCCCCGUUCAGAGGGAAAGAAACAAAAAGACUGGGCAGGAGGUCACUAAACCUUUGCUGCAGUAAUAGAAGCAGUGUGUGUGUGUGUGUGUGUGUGUGUGUGUGUGUGUGUGUUAUUAGGCCGGAUAAUGGAGGCGUCCCAAUUUUUCCAUUUUCUUCCUUCUGCUUUUGACCUUGACUCGUUCUCGAUUUCAUCUUAGAGCGUCAGCAUCUUCUGGGUCAUUUGGAGAAAUAAAAACAGAGAGAGAGAAUACACUUUCCUCCUCAUGCCUCCGGCCAAUGAAAGGGCUUGCACAUUAACACACACACAAACACACACAUGUAUACACAAACAAAACAUGGGCUGCAGUCCAAAACAAACCAACAAAGACUUGAAAAAAAAAACAGGACUGAACUGCAGAAGCCCUGUAUUAACUUUCUGCAGACAUCUAAAGAGACUUACGGUUUGUAAUUCUAGUUCUCAGUUUAGUUUUAGAGAUUCAUAGAUACAGAACAAAAAAAAAAUGAAAAUAAAGGUCAUGGGUGUGCCAUGCAAGCGUAAAAAAAAACAACUGAACAAAACUACACUGGCCCAUUUCAUUCGAAGUGGAGUGAAGGGUUAAAAAGCACAAUCAAUACAGUUAACUGUUUUAACACA